AUGCCCGAAGAAGACGAAAAACCGCAAGGCGCAAACACGCCUGCAUCUCUUUGCGAGCGCUGUAGCAGGGUGCCUCUGACAUCCGAAAAGCUGAAAGACGUCGGUAGUGAAGGAAGCUGGUUUUUGGGCGCAUAUUGUCUCAUCAAAGCCAGUAAUUGUCCUCUAUGCGAACUCGUUGAGUCUAUUUGUUACGCAAAAUCUCAGAUGUCUUGGGAUCCAUUACGAAAGCCUAGAGAUCGUGAUCCAAUACAUUUGUUCUGGUCAGAAGACACGUGUGGCUUUUAUGUCGAUGAAUUAUCUCCUGUAGGAUCCUUCAUCUGCUUCGCGGAAUCCGAGGAUUCUUCCCUAAAGCGUGCAAAAGCGGUUCUGCCGGAUUGGAUCGACCCAUCGGUAUGCAAAGAAUGGUUAGAAAUCUGCGAAUCCACACAUGGACCCGAAUGUUCACUCAACGAUUUCGACGGGAAAAGAUCUCGCAUGAAAAACGAUGGGAGUUAUGUCCUUCGAUUGAUUGAUGUCGAGGCCUUGUGUGUGAUUAAUGAACCAGAUGCCUGCCAUUAUUGCGCACUAAGUUACGUCUGGGGCUAUCCAGGUGACGGAAGAUUAGUUCUAAAACGCUCAAACAAAGCUGCGCUGAUGAAGCCCCAAAGCCUAUACAACCUAUGGAAUUUAAUUCCCAAGACGAUAUCAAGUGCAAUAUCUUGGGUCAGAGCUCUCGGUUUUCGCUAUUUGUGGGUUGAUAGCUUUUGUAUCGUGCAGGAUGACGAGAAGGAACUCCAAAACUGCAUUGAGGUCAUGGACGCCUACUAUAGCAAGGCAUUCCUCACUAUCGUUGCUGCUUCAGGUACUGACGCUUACGCGGGGCUCCCAGAAAUGCAAGAGCAGCUUUGCUCAAACCGCAAACUGAUAUUUGUCGACCAACAGGUCUACUUCCGCUGUCAGAAGAUGACAUGUUAUGAGAACAUGCACACAAUUGGUCUUCCGGGCAUUCUUGAUUCGCAUUACUCGUUGAUACCCUUCAUAUUCGAGAAGCCUGUGGACUUUGACAAUUUCACUUACCUCAUCAUGUACUAUACACGACGCAACAUGACUCAUCAGAGCGAUUAUUUGCGAGCCUGCUCUGGCAUGCUUCGGAAGUUGUCCGAACUUAUGGAGGUAUCAAUCUUCGAAGGUUUAUCAGUGGAACUCGAGCGUUCCCUCAUCUUCACAAGGGAUGAGACUGACAGCAAGCCUUCGCUCCGAAAAACAGGCUUUCCCAGUUUUUCAUGGAUUGGCUGGCAAUACGCUCCUGACUGGUUUGAAGCUGAAUCAACGACUGAUCGACGAAAGUGUUUCGAUUGUGAUUGGAUUAAAUGGUAUAGUCGAUCUCCAGAUAGCCGCUUCUGGGAGCUUGAUAAGCAAGGUAUUCGAGCAUUGUCAGGCGCCCCAAAGUUCGACGAUUGUCGACAUAUGAUAGACAAAAAAAUGACGCUACAUUCGUCAUCAACAGGCACCGAACCUAGGUAUGACGAAUUGCCUCCUUUGGGGUUUCAUCCACUUUGCUUCUCGACCGUGUCAAUAUUUCUGAAGAUAGCUAAGUCCUCUCCACCUCGUGAUGAGUUUCACGACACCUUUGGCAUUCACAAAUCUCCGUGUGGCAAAUUCAUGUUAGAAGCUCAAGACGUUUGCGUUGACGACGUACAGGAAUUCGCACUAGUCUCCAGGUAUGAAACGACAUGGGAGGAUGGAGCUUAUCCCCAAGGUCAAGUCGAAAAAGGUUACUUCGCCCUGCUACUAAAGACAAACGGACCAUUAGUAGAACGCAGAGGUCGUUUGAAGAUUAGAAAGGAUGACAUUGCAAAGUCUUUGCCCCCAGGGCCGACGUGGAGAAGCAUCAUUCUAGGAUAA